UGUUCCCCCCCCCCAGGACCCUGCCGGAAUAUUCGAACUGGUGGAGGUGGUCGGGAACGGGACGUAUGGACAGGUCUACAAGGGCCGCCAUGUCAAGACAGGGCAGCUGGCCGCCAUCAAAGUCAUGGACGUCACCGAGGACGAGGAGGAGGAGAUCAAGCAGGAGAUCAACAUGCUGAAGAAGUACUCCCACCACCGCAACAUUGCCACCUACUACGGCGCCUUCAUCAAGAAGAGCCCACCCGGGAAUGACGACCAGCUGUGGCUGGUGAUGGAGUUCUGCGGGGCCGGUUCCGUCACAGACCUGGUCAAGAACACCAAGGGCAACGCGCUGAAGGAGGACUGCAUCGCGUACAUCUGCCGGGAGAUCCUGCGGGGCCUGGCUCACCUCCACGCCCACAAGGUGAUCCACCGGGACAUCAAAGGGCAGAACGUGCUGCUGACGGAGAACGCCGAGGUGAAGCUGGUGGAUUUCGGGGUGAGUGCCCAGCUGGACCGGACGGUGGGGCGCAGGAACACCUUCAUCGGCACCCCCUACUGGAUGGCCCCAGAGGUGAUCGCCUGUGACGAGAACCCCGAUGCCACCUACGACUACAGGAGCGACAUCUGGUCCCUGGGCAUCACUGCUAUCGAGAUGGCGGAGGGGGCACCACCUCUGUGCGACAUGCACCCCAUGCGAGCGCUCUUCCUCAUCCCCCGCAACCCACCGCCCAAGCUCAAGUCCAAGAAAUGGUCCAAGAAGUUCAUCGACUUCAUCGACACCUGUCUAAUCAAAGCCUACAUGAGCCGCCCGCCCACGGAGCAGCUGCUGAAAUUCCCCUUCAUCCGCGACCAGCCCACGGAGCGCCAGGUCCGCAUCCAGCUCAAGGACCACAUCGACCGCUCCCGGAAGAAGAGAGGAGAGAAGGAUGAGACAGAGUACGAGUACAGCGGCAGCGAGGAGGAGGACGACAGCCACGGGGAGGAAGGGGAGGCCAGCUCCAUCAUGAACGUGCCGGGCGAGUCGACGCUGCGGCGCGAGUUCCUGCGCCUGCAGCAGGAGAACAAGAGCCACUCGGAGGCGGCGCUGAAGCACCAGCAGCAGCUGGCGGCCCAGCACCGCGACUCCGAGGCCCACAUCAAACAGCUGCUGCACGAGCGCCAGCGCCGCAUCGAGGAGCAGAAGGAGGAGCGCCGGCGCGUGGAGGAGCAGCAGCGUCGGGAGCGGGCGCAGCGGAAGCUGCAGGAGAAGGAGCAGCAGCGGCGGCUGGAGGACAUGCAGGUGCUGCGGCGGGAGGAGGAGCGCAGGCAGGCGGAGCGCGAGCAGGAGUAUAUCAGGCACAAGUUAGAGGAGGAGCAGAGGCAGCUAGAAAUCCUCCAGCAGCAGCUACUGCAGGAACAGGCCCUGCUUCUGGAGUACAAGCGGAAGCAGCUGGAGGAGCAGCGGCAGUCGGAGCGGCUCCAGCGCCAGCUGCAGCAGGAACAUGCCUACCUGAAGUCCCUGCAGCAGCAGCAGCAGCUCCAGAAGCAGCAGCAGGGGGCGCCGGCGAGCGACAAGAAGCCGCUGUACCACUACAACCGGAGCGCCCACGCCGCCGACAAGCCCACCUGGGCCCGGGAGGUGGAGGAGCGGUCGCGGCUGAAUAAGCAGAACUCGCCGGUGGUGCAGGCCAAGCUGGGCGGCACCGCGUCCGACCCGGCCCUGCAGACGCGCUCGGAGCCCGUGUCCCUGGGCUCCGGCCCCACGGCCCAGACCCCGCCCAUGCAGCGCCCUGUCGAGCCGCAGGAGGGGCAGCACAAGAGCCACCUAGCGCACCGGGUGCCGCUGAAGCCCUACGCCGCGCCGGUGCCGCGCUCCCAGUCCCUGCAGGAGCAGCCCACCAAGAACGUGGCGGCCUUCCCCGUGCAGGGCCCCGCCGCGCCCGCGCCGGCCCGCGCCGCCAUGGCCCGCCAGAACUCGGACCCCACCUCGGAGACGCCCGGCCCCACCGCCCCGCGGGCGCCCUGGGGCCACACGGAGCCCGAGGCCCCGCCCAAGGUUCCCCAGCGAACGUCGUCCAUCGCCACCACGCUCAACGCCAGCGGGGCCGGGGGCAGCGCCCGGCAGGGCCACGCCGUCAGAGCCAGACCCCGUAGCAAGUCUGCCUGGCACAUCCACAUGCACAGCCGGCUGGAGAGGGUGCUGCCCGAGGACCCCCCGGCACUGCUGCCCCCUCCCCAGCCGCCCAGGGGGGGGCAGCGCCGGGCCCCGGCCCCCAUGCCAAGCACCAGUAGCAACCCGGACCUGCGGCGCAGCGAGCCCGGCUGGGAGCGAGCCGACAGCCUGCUGCAGGGGGGCAGCGCCAACCUGCCUCAAGCCGGCUCCCUGGAGCGCAACCGCAUAGGGGCCGCAUCCAAGAGGGAGAGCUCCCCCAUCCUGCCUCUGGUGAGCAAGCCCAAGGUGGAGGAUCACCGCUCGCGCCCUGGCCGUCCUGCGAGCUAUAAACGCGCCAUCGGCGAGAACUUCGUGCUGCUGAAGGAGCGGCCCGAGGAGCCCCUCAAGCCCCCCAAGAAGGCCAUGGAUUACUCCUCCUCCAGUGAUGAGCCGGAAAGCAGCGAGGAGGAGGACGACGAGGCCGAGGGGGAGCCCCAGGAUGGGGGGGGUGAGCCCGCCGCGACCAGGCCGAGCGGGGACGGCGACACCGACAGCGUCAGCACCAUGGUGGUUCACGAGGUGGAGGAGCCGUCGGGCAGCGGGUCGGAGAGCGGCUCCUACGGCGGGGACGGCACCAUGCUGGUGCAGCGGACCCCCGAGGAGGAGCGGAGCCUGCUGCACGCCGACAGCAACGGCUACACCAACCUGCCGGACGUGGUGCAGCCCAGCCACUCGCCCACCGAGCCCAAGGGCCAGGGCGGCUCCCCCGCCAAGGACAGCGCCAGCGACUACCAGUCGCGGGGGCUGGUCAAGGCCCCUGGCAAAAGCUCCUUCACCAUGUUUGUGGACCUGGGCAUCUACCAGACCACGGGCAGCGGGGACACCAUCCCCAUCACCGCGCUGGUGGGGGCCGACCCCAGGCAGCUGGAGCAGCUGCAGCUGGAGGUGCGGAAGGGCUCGGUGGUGAAUGUGAACCCCACAAACACACGGCCCCACAGCGACACCCCUGAGAUCCGCAAGUACAAGAAGCGCUUCAACUCGGAGAUCCUGUGCGCCGCCCUGUGGGGGGUGAACCUGCUGGUGGGGACGGAGAACGGGCUGCUGCUGCUGGACCGCAGCGGGCAGGGGAAGGUCUAUGGCCUGAUCAGCCGCCGGCGCUUCCAGCAGAUGGCCGUGCUGGAGGGGCUCAACCUGCUCACCACCAUCUCGGGGAAGAGGAACAAGCUGCGGGUCUAUUACCUGUCCUGGCUGCGCAACAAGAUCCUGCACAACGACCCCGAGGUGGAGAAGAAGCAGGGCUGGACCACAGUGGGCGACAUGGAGGGCUGCGUUCACUACCGCGUGGUGAAGUACGAGCGCAUCAAGUUCCUGGUGAUCGCCCUGAAGAACUCGGUGGAGGUCUAUGCCUGGGCCCCCAAACCCUACCACAAGUUCAUGGCCUUCAAGUCCUUCGCAGACCUGCCACACCGGCCGCUGCUGGUGGAGCUGACGGUGGAGGAGGGUCAGAGGUUAAAGGUCAUCUACGGGUCGUGCGCCGGGUUCCACGCCAUUGACGUGGACUCAGGAAACAACUACGACAUCUACAUCCCCGUGCAUGUGAGGGGGGCGGGGCCGGGGGCGGGGCACAGGGGGCGGGGUGGGGCACAGGGGGAUGCCCACACAAGUGGGCCCCAGGGUGGCCUUGGGUGCUCACGCACACACACAGCACUGGGGGGGUCAGGCCAUGGGGCAGGUGGGUGCCCUUUGCUCCCUGACCUUUGCCCUAUGCCGGCAGAUCCAGACCCACAUCACGCCCCACGCCAUCAUCUUCCUGCCCAACACGGAGGGCAUGGAGAUGCUGCUCUGCUACGAGGACGAGGGCGUCUACGUCAACACCUACGGGCGCAUCAUCAAGGACGUGGUGCUGCAGUGGGGGGAGAUGCCCACCUCCGUGGCGUACAUCUGCUCCAACCAGAUCAUGGGCUGGGGCGAGAAGGCCAUCGAGAUCCGCUCCGUGGAGACGGGGCACCUGGACGGGGUUUUCAUGCACAAGCGGGCCCAGCGCCUCAAGUUCCUCUGCGAGCGCAACGACAAGGUUUUCUUCGCCUCCGUCCGCUCGGGGGGCAGCAGCCAGGUUUACUUCAUGACACUCAACAGAAACUGUAUCAUGAACUGGUAAAAGGCCCCGCCCCUGGCACUGGCCCCGCCUCUGGAGGAAAGGGGCGGGGCCCCCUCAGACACUGGAUCCCUAUGCCGGAGACUCCGCCCCCACAGCCAGUGAGGAUCAGGACCGACCAAUCAGCAGAACUGAUGCCUUGAUCACCUUGCCCCCACCCAUCUCUGAUGCUGCUUUGGGGGGGGAAUCUCCAUGGUGACAGUGCCCCCCCGCCGACUGACAGACUGACUGCCCUCCGCUUCGCUCGCUCACCCCCUCCUCCGACUCAUGGGGACCUGCUUUGUUCAUAGCCUGACCCAAAUCUCCACAGCGGGCGAGGGGUCCCCGUGUCACCGGCCGCCCCGCCCCAGAGGUGGGCGCGUCUCGGCCCCAGGCGAGGGGUCCCAGGCGUGUGUGGGGUGACGGGCAAACUCCCCGGUGAAACACAAGGAGGGAGGUGGCUGCAGGCCCAGGCUGGGGGGACCCAGUGCUGACGCUGUGGGGUGCUGCAGCUGCCACAGCCCCCGUGGAGGGGACUUAGAUCGGCCGCGGGGGGCGCAGACCCAGCGCUUUGUGCCAAUUUCACUUUGCUUAGAGAGGGGGACGGGGCCUUUCCCGCCCCCUGGGUAGGAGCCACGGUGGUGGUAGGGAACCCCCAAAGCAGCCCCCAGACUGCCUUGUGCACCCCCAGAACUCCUCCCCCUGCAGGUCCUGAGCCGGGCCAACGGGGGUGACCCGCCGCAGGCGUCUGGGGGGGUGAAUGUACCAGGGGGACAUGGGGGAGAGGGGCAAUGGCCCCUCUGGGCUCUGUGUAUAUUUUGCUUUAAUUAUUUUUAUUUUGUAACAAUGAUUCAUUAACAAAGCACUUUAAAGCCCCGACUGCAUCUCAUGGGGGGCCGGGAACACCCCCUGGGGCGGAUUUGGGGUUAUUCUCUAACUGACCCAGGAGAGCUGGUCCUAGGGCAGGGACUGGCUGGCUCAGGGGGGCGGGGAAUGGGGCAGGAACCUGUCCCCUCUAGGGGGCACCAGUUCCCAUCUGGCCCCAUGGGAGCCCAGCUGCAGCAGCAAUGCAAGGGUUAAACUGGGGGGCACAGAGCCAGCAUGCUGAUUCCCCUCCCUGCCCCUCUGACGCUGUCUGCAGUUGAGGGGUCCUGCCUGGUGGCCCCCCAAGAGCCAUAUGGAGGGUGUGGGGGGGUUAUGGAGUUCAUGGGACCCCCCCAGUAUUCAGUUUCAUCUGUACGUUGCUUGCAUCUAUCAAGCCCCCCCCAUCCCACCCCGCGCCGUGGCCUUGAAAUUUCAUCUGUUAAUAAAAAAACAAAUUCUAUGA